AUGGCAUUUAGUAAUACUAUUGAUGAAAUAUCUAUAAUGAAUGAAGAUAAUUAUUCACAACAGCAAAUUAACGAACAAUCAUUAAGACAAGAUCUUGAAAAAAAUCGUGAAUCACUUCAACGAAAAUUACAAACACGUCGAUCUCUACAACAACUUGUUGAUGUUGGGAUUAUGCCAACACCUAAAGUUUCAUUACCAUUUUAUCAACAACGUAAACAAUUACAAAUGCGAAAAACAAAAGAUAUAUUAAAAAAUAAAAUUCUCUUUCGACCUGAUCGUCAAUUAUUAAUUGAACAUAAUAUUCUAUCGGAUACAACAGCUGCUCCAGCUAUACAAAAAACUCAAUGUCAAUUAAAACGUGCACGUUUAGUUGAUAAUCUUAAUAAUAAAUUAUCUGUACGUCCUGGUAUCUUAGAAUUAGUAGCAAAUAAUAUAUUUGAAAUAGAUUCAGAUCUUAAACAAGCUAUACAAAAUGGAAAUAUUCAAUAUCCAAGUGUAUCACGACCACUUCGUCAUAAAACAUCAUCAUUUUCAAAUACAACAAUAUUUAAACGUUCAUUAAAUUCCAUACCAAAAUCAAAAUCAUGUUUAACAUUUCAUGAAUAUAAAGGACCAUCACAAAAAGUUGAAAUAACGAAAGUUCCUUUACAAUCAACAAUAAAAACAGUUGAACAUAAUCGCACAUUAAGUGAAAAUCAUUAUAGAAUUCAAUUACGACAACAACAAUUAUUUCUUGAACUUAUUUAUAAUAAUAAUGAAUCCAUAGAAAAUCAAGAUAAUUCAAUAGAAAAUUUUUUACAACAAUCAAUCGAUGAUAUUCUAAAAUCAAUAUCUAAUGAUAAUCAAUCAUUUGAAACAAUGAAAUUAGCUGAUUUAAAAACUGAAUGUAAAAAAUUAAAUAUUAGUUCUACUGGCACUAAAAUGAAAUUAAUAGAAAAAUUAAAAAAUGCUCGAAUGAAAAUGACAGAGAAAACAACUGUUCCAUCUCAGUUGAUCAAUAAUGAACCAUCAUUAUCUGUUAAAUUUUUGUUAUCAUCAUCAUUAAAUGAUCAAGAACUUUACCAACAACAACAGAAAUUAGUUGAAGUAGAAAAAUUAAAACAAUACGAUUCUUCUUUAUUAUAUCAAAAUCAAUUAUCUUUAAAUUUUCAAUUUAUAGAUAAUUCUACUAUUAUUCCACAAGAUUGUAAUCCUAUUCUAUCAACACAAAUACAAAAUCAAAUUCUUAUACAACAACAAGAACAGUCAAACCAAAAUCUUCAACAGCAUACAAUCGUACCUUUAACACCUGAAUCUGUUGCACAAUAUCUUGCUCAAUCACAAAAGUCAGAUAAUCAUUCAUUAUCAACAUAUCAUUCUAUCGAUUCUUCAUCAACUCCAAUAUUUACAAAUCAAUCAACAAAUAGCGAUGUUAGUUUUAAUCUAUUGGAUGAUUAUACUGAUUCAUCUUCAACAUUUACAUUUACAUCUGAUGAUUCAAUUUCAAAUAACACAUUUUUAUCGUCUAUAACAGAUAUGGAUUGGAUGGCGAUUCCAUCUCCUAGUAUACUUGAUAAUAAUCUGGAUUUUACACAAUUUCUUAAUCAGCUUGAUAAUGAUCAUCAUCAUCUUUUUGAUUCAACAUCUCAACAACAACAACAACAAAAUCCACUUUUAUUCGAUCUUUUUUCUGCAUCAAGUUCACUGAUUUAA